AUGGCCAAUUUCGAGGAAAUGUCCAAACAGUCUUGUGUGCCCCUGAAACCCCCCGGUUUAGUCCUGCAGUAUGGCACGGCCGGUUUUAGGACAAACGCCAGUCUACUGGAACACGUCAUGUUCCGCAUGGGCCUGCUAGCCACGCUGCGCUCCAAACAUACUAAAGCGGCCAUCGGCGUCAUGGUGACCGCUUCCCACAACCCUGAGGAAGACAACGGGGUGAAAUUGAUUGACCCAAUGGGCGAGAUGUUGAACCCCGCUUGGGAGGUCUAUGCCACGCAGCUGGCCAAUGCCGAGUUGGAGCAGUUGCUUCCAUUGCUGGAGGACAUCAUGAAGAAAGAAGACAUCGACAGGAACCUAGCCGCAUUAGUGUUUGUGGGCAGAGACACCAGGAGCAGCAGCGUCAGCCUGGCACAAUUAGUAAUAGACGGUGUCUCCUCAGUGGGAGGACUCUACAAAGACUACGGCUUGGUGACCACACCGCAGCUCCACUACAUGGUUUGCUGUCACAACACAAAGGGGCGCUAUGGCGAGGCCACGUUGGAAGGAUACUACAGCAAACUCUGCCAGGCAUUCAUUGAGCUCACCAAAAAUACACAUAAUCGCACAGAUGACCAGAAGCAUCUGACAGUGGACGGCGCCAACGGGAUCGGCGCAUUAAAAUUGCGCGAGAUGGAGCGUCACCUAAAGAAGGAACUGCAGAUUUCGCUCUUCAAUGAAGGACAAGGGAAGCUUAACUACGAGUGCGGCGCAGACUUUGUCAAAGUGCAGCAAAAGCCACCCACAGGCAUGAACGUCAACAGCGGCGAGCGCUGUUGUUCAUUUGACGGCGAUGCUGACCGCAUCGUUUACUACUACACCGACCCAGACGGUCGCUUCCACCUGCUGGAUGGAGACAAGAUAGCGACUCUCAUUAGUACGUUCCUCAAAGAAUUGCUCACGCAGGCUGGUCUAAAUUUGAAAAUUGCAGUGGUGCAAACUGCGUACGCCAAUGGCAGCUCCACACGCUACUUACAAGACACCAUGAAGGUUAUUGUGAGAUGCACUAAGACGGGGGUGAAGCACCUCCAUCAUGUGGCGCAGGAGUUUGACACGAGUGUUUACUUUGAGGCAAAUGGCCACGGGACGGUGUUAUUCAGCCGUGCCGCUGAGGAGAAAAUCAGGCAAUUAACUGAGGACGUCAACACAGACGACACUAGGAAGCAAGCGGCCAUUCUUCUUCAGCACACCAUAAACGUCAUCAACCAGACAGUAGGUGACGCCAUUUCUGACAUGCUACUGAUUGAGGCCAUAUUGGCCCUGAAGGGAAUGACCGUGCAGCAGUGGGACGCCAUCUACACGGACUUGCCCAACAGGCAGCUUAAAGUCAAGGUGUCAGACCGCCGAGCGAUCGAGACGACCGACGCCGAGAGGCGCGCAGUGAGCCCGGCUGGCCUGCAGGAGGCCAUCGACGUCUUGGUGGCAAAGUACCGAAGCGCUCGCUCCUUUGUGAGGCCGUCCGGCACUGAGGACGUGGUCAGGGUUUAUGCUGAAGCGGAUACACAGGAGAGCGCAGACUCCCUCGCACAUGAAGUGAGCCUGGCGGUAUAUCACCUCGCUGGCGGGGUGGGAGAAGAACCAAAACCUUUGCACUAG